GGUCGAAGAACUUGGAAUCAAAAUAUAAACAAAGACAUUUUUUAAAAAAAUAUAAAGUUUAUACUUUAAUAUUGCAUUAUUGCAAGCUUUGUUUUUCAUUUUGGUACAUCCCUAAUAUUUGAACAGAGACGAUAUAGAACUUAAAUAUUCAAUAUUCGUUGCUUAUUUGUUGUUUUAAAAAAUAAAUUUUGAAGUUCAAAAUCAUGGCUGCCAGAUAUGUUACACGUGGGUCGAAUAUUCUAAGGUGUGCGUUGUUUCACAAGUACAGACAGAGUUUAGUGUACAGUGGAAUGCGUGGCUUGGCUUCUGAGACGGAGUCUGCACAGGAUGAAUUUAAAUUUGAAACUUUAACCGGCGAUUUAGAGGGUAAGUAAAAGGUUAUAGGAAAUUGUUUUUAACACCCCCUCCCCAUUGAAUAAGUUAUUACAUUUUUCUGUACUUUUUCAUUGAUUUAUUAAAUGAUUAAAUUAAUGUGCCUGACAUUGCAACAAAUAUCCUGUUUUAAUAAUAAGGCUCUUUUCCACUUGCUGCAAAACCAUGCAUUUGUAAACCAAUGUCAAGUGCUUCAAGCUUGCAUUUAAUUAAGAUGACUUGCAAGUUGAUUUUUGCAAUCAGUGGAAAGGUUAUAAUGUCCGUCAGUGCUGUUUUAUACUAUUAAGCAUAGUCCUAACAUAACUCUUUGACUAAACUAUUUGGUGACAAUGCACCAUUAUUUUAGUCUGUUUAAUUAUAACCCUUUAGCCCUGAUACUCUGUCUAAUGCCAGAUGGUUUUACUCAUCAAGGGGAGAGUGUUGCCACUCAAUGGGUCAACACCUGACUACUUAUUUUUUUACUUGUCUAAUGCCAGACGAUUUUACUCAUCAAUGGGGAAACUCUGCAGCUUAAUCGGUUAACCAAGAAAUAUGACAAUGUCUCUAGUUAACCCAUUGAGCCCCAGUGUGCCCUACUUAUUUUUUACUUGUCUAAUGCCAGACAAUUUUACUCGUCAAUGGGGAAGCUCUGCAACUUAAUGGGUUAAUCCUUUGUAUUUGCUGUGUAGGUAUUGCAGUAUUUUCCAUGAACAAACCUAAUACAAGAAAUGCAAUUAGCAGGAAUUUUCUCACUCAGGUUGGUUUAAGUUCUGUAUUUUUCUAAGCAGCUGCAUUCUGUAUUGACCCACACACACAGAGAAAAAUUUUGUAUCUUGACCAGUGUUAUAAACCAACUCUCUUGUGUUCAUAGUUUCAAAAUGCUUUGGACGCUGUGAAAUUUGACAAGAAUCUCCGAGCAUUUAUAUUAAAGAGUGAUGUCCCAGGUAUAUGUCAAAUCAUACUAGUUGUAUUGACUGUAUUUCCACUCGACUCUAAAUCUCUCAAAUGUUUCAUCAGGUGCAUUUUGUGCUGGUGCUGAUCUCAAAGAAAGAGCAAAAAUGAGGAUGGAAGAUGUCGGUCGGUUUGUUGCCACCGGGAGAAACUUGAUAACCGACUUGCAUGAUUUACCAGUACCGACCAUUGCCGCCAUAGAUGGUGUGGCAUUGGGUGGUGGUUUGGAAAUUGCUUUGGCUUGUGACAUGAGGGUUGCAGGAAGGAUGUCAAAAAUUGGUCUUGUUGAAACACGGUUGGCCAUCAUUCCUGGAGGUGGUAAGUUUGUAUGUGUUGUGCUAUCUGAAUAAUCGAGUGUUGGUCAUUAUUGAGUAUGCUUUGUACUAAUUUUCAACAGGUGGCACUCAAUGUCUGCCGAGAUUGAUAGGACCGUCAAAGGCAAAGGAACUGAUUUUUACAGCUAGGAUAUUGAAUGGGGAACAAUCUGAGGAAAUUGGUUUGGUCAACUAUGUUGUUGAUGAAAACCAAGCCUAUAACAAAGCUUUAGAAAUUGCCGCAGAAAUAUUGCCGCAAGGUCCAAUUGCUCUGAAGAUGGCCAAAACUGCUAUAAACCGAGGCAUGGAGGUAGGAGUGAGAUCAGCAGUUGGACAAUUGUGUUUAGAUAGUGAUUACAGUUAGGGAAUAUUUGUCUUUUUCAGGUUGACUUGGUAUCUGGUAUGAAAUUUGAAGAAGCUUGUUAUGCACAGGUAAUAUAG